AUGAUCAACCGGUCGCGCGAGGCGUUCUUCCACACGUUGAACGGGUUACACUGCUCGGGCCGCCACAGGGCCCUCGGUGAACCCAAGGAGCCCCACCUUGUCCAGCUUCUGGAAGAGGGCCAACUGCUGGGCCCGGGGGAGCUUGCUGGCGUCCCCCCACUGGUACGACGACGGGUCAAACCGGCUAGUACGCAGGACCCCCGGCUCGUCGAAGGCCAGGGACAGCGGAGGCUCCAAGAAAUCCCCGAUGGACCAGUGAGCGAGAGAACCCUCAAGGACCAGACGUUCAGGACAAAGAGGGGCGUAGGCUCCUGGGACAGGGUGAACUCGACGGGGGCCCUGAAGACCGUAGGGAUCAACAGCUCUGAGAUGAUCUGA